AUUUCUAGCCGUGCACAGUGACCUAUCGGCCAAGGACCUACCCUCGAGUUCUAUUCUGCAACAGUGAACAGUGAAGGUCUCCAAAGAGAUGGAGUACGAGGGUUACAACGACUCCAGCAUCUACGACGAGGAGUAUUCUGACGGCUCAGACUACAUCGUGGACUUGGAGGAGGCGGGUCCACUGGAGGCCAAGGUGGCCGAGGUCUUCCUGGUGGUAAUCUACAGCUUGGUGUGCUUCCUCGGGAUCCUAGGCAAUGGCCUGGUGAUUGUCAUUGCCACCUUCAAGAUGAAGAAGACGGUGAACACCGUGUGGUUCGUCAACCUGGCCGUGGCUGACUUCCUGUUCAACAUCUUCUUGCCCAUCCAUAUCACCUAUGCCGCUAUGGACUACCACUGGGUGUUUGGGAAAGCCAUGUGCAAGAUUAGUAGCUUUUUGCUAAGCCACAACAUGUACACCAGCGUCUUCCUGCUCACUGUCAUCAGCUUCGACCGCUGCAUCUCCGUGCUCCUCCCCGUCUGGUCCCAGAACCACCGCAGCGUGCGUCUGGCCUACAUGACCUGCGUGGUCGUCUGGGUCCUGGCUUUCUUCCUGAGUUCCCCGUCCCUCGUCUUCCGGGACACGGUCAGCACCAGCCACGGGAAGAUAACCUGCUUCAACAACUUCAGCCUGGCCGCGCCCGAGCCUUUCUCUCAUUCCACCCACCCGCGAACAGACCCGGUAGGGUACAGCAGACAUGUGGCGGUCACCGUCACCCGCUUCCUCUGCGGCUUCCUGAUCCCCGUCUUCGUCAUCACGGCCUGUUACCUCACCAUCGUCUUCAAGUUGCAGCGCAACCGCCUGGCCAAGACCAAGAAGCCCUUCAAGAUCAUCAUCACCAUCAUCAUCACCUUCUUCCUCUGCUGGUGCCCCUACCACACGCUCUACCUGCUGGAGCUCCACCACACGGCUGUGCCGGCCUCUGUCUUCAGCCUGGGACUGCCCCUGGCCACGGCCGUCGCCAUCGCCAACAGCUGUAUGAACCCCAUCCUGUACGUCUUCAUGGGCCACGACUUCAAAAAAUUCAAGGUGGCCCUUUUCUCCCGCCUGGUGAACGCCCUGAGCGAGGACACAGGACCCUCCUCCUACCCCAGUCACAGGAGCUUCACCAAGAUGUCCUCGUUGAUUGAGAAGGCUUCAGUGAAUGAGAAAGAGACCAGCACCAUCUGAGCCUUCCCUGGGACUGUCCCCAAUGGGCUCCACAGCCCAGGGACUUGUCUCCUGAGGUAGGAGACACACCUGGAGCCUUUGGGUAUGCCCCAGCGCCCGCUACGUCUUGCAGGAGGCGGCCCAUUUUUUUGGGUGGGGUUCCCAAGUGAGGACACUCUUCCAGCAAAAUGGCAGACAAGCAACCUGGGCCCCUGCCGCAGGAGUAUGGGACCAACUUCCACCAGCUCAGAAAAGGGAGGGUCUGUG